ACGCAGCUCGCUCACUCCGCAUUUCUCAUUCCUCCCUGCCUACUCCCGUUCUCAUUCCCCCGACAUGUCCGCCCCCUUCGUCGCCAUGUCCGUCUUGCCCGCGCAUCGGGUCCAGGUAAGCAGCAGCACCAGCCGCCGGCGGUGCUUCUCGAGGCAGUCCAUCUCGAUCCGGCCGGCUCCGCCCAACCGCCUCCUCAACCUGGCCUGCUCGGCCAAGCAGGACACCAUCGACAAGGUGUGCGGGAUCGUCAAGAAGCAGCUGGCCGUCGCCCAAGACACCCUCGUCAACGGGGACACAAAGUUCGCCGACCUCGGCGCCGAUUCCCUCGACACGGUGGAGAUUGUAAUGGGCCUGGAGGAGGCAUUCAGCAUCACGGUGGACGAAUCGAGCGCCCAGGAGAUCAGGACGGUGGAGGACGCCGCGUCUCUCAUCGACAAGCUCGUGACAGAGAAAGAUUCUUAGAACCACGACGGCACGGAUCCGCCUCCAUGCCCCUGCCUGAAUAGCUUUUUGGGUGCCCGCCUUGUUGUUGUACUCUAAAUACAGAUAAAUCCUUUCUUCAAAAAAAGAUACAGAUAAAUCACAAUGUACUGGCUGAAACUAGUCAGCCAGGAAGAGGGUCUCUAUGCAGAUGUUGUCGGUGUAUGCUAUCCCAGAUUGAAUAAAUGAGGAGGGGUAGCACUUCUUCCCUGAGGUAAAGAUUCCUGUUA